CCGUGCCCCUGCAGAGCCGCGCCGUGCCCCUGCAGAGCCGCGCGGCUCACCGCAGGAGCCGCAUCCCCGACCCUCACACGGUCCCCGCGGGCGGUGCCGAAAGAACCGGCGGGGCGCGACUGUGCUGACUCAGGGGGCAGGGCCAGGAGGUGCUGGAGCCAGCAGAGCCUCGAAUUCCCGCAGAACUUCCACGGCUUCCCAGGGAAAAGCCAGCCAGAGCAGGGGCCUGCUGGGAGCUGGGCAGGUUUUUGAUGAUGAAGGGAAGAAUGUGACACCACAUCCCCUCUUCCAGCCAGACCCCAAUGCUGCUGUAACCAGGCAAGGAAAUUUUCUCUUCAAGUAUUUUGUGUUUUAGUGAUAUUUAAUAAGUGCAGACAACCUUUUAUCCAAAAUUAUUACAUAUAUAAAUUAAAACAGCAAGUUAAAAUAUUAAAAAUAUCAGUUAAAAAUAUUCACAGGUUGGAAGAGACCUCAGGAUCAUUGAGUCCAAAUAUGUUUAACAUAAUAAGAAUUCUCAGCUUUAAUAAUAUUUAAUCAAUUACCUCUGUGGGAUUAUGUGCAUCCAUCUCCAAAAAUGCUCUUGGACAAAAUAUGUGGAGUUAAAACUCCUAAAUUGUGUUUCACUGCACUUUAAUUUACAAACCUUCAGCACAGAGGGGAAAACAAAACCAGUCAGUGGAUUUUGGGCUGACACUCAAUGAAGUCAUGCAAAGCUGGUCAAUAAUUAUUGGUGUUUUAAAUGGAAAUCCUGAACCACAGCAUCAUCAAAAUGCAAGGAAUAAUUGUAAUUACUCACAAUUUAUAAUUACAAUUGUAAACAUUCAUUUCUGAGAUGAAGAUGUUGCUUUUUUUGCUGUAUUUCCCAGGCUGGCUGUUCCAAAGGACAAUCCCAGGGGUUGGGAUAUCAACAAGGAGCAGAUAUACAUUAAAAAUGGCUUAAAAAUGCAAAGUACCUCCAGAAAAUAAUCACAUUUUUUCAUUUUUUGAGACAAUUUCUUGGUUUUUGUCCCUGAAGGACACGUGGAAACAGCAUAUCAGCAACCAAGUCUGGCUUAGAUGAAACAGAACCUCACCAAGACCCAACUUUGAGCUUGUCUGGUAAAGAGCACACCCAAUAUUUACAAAUUUAAUAUAUAAACUGAUAUAUCCUGGGAUUUGUAAGACCCUGAUCCAGCCCAGCAUUGAUUGUUCUGUGAAUUUUCAGUGUUGCUUUGUUGCCCUGGUUUUCCAGCUGAGCAGGAGGAGGGGACAGCAGCCCUGACAGAAGCAGAGCUGGAGCAGAGGGUGGAUAUUCUCCUGUCAGAGACAGACACGCUCUGGAUGUUGGAUCUGCCAACUUCUCUGGUGUCCACGGAGGCAGAGGAGGCUGGGAGAGUUCUAGAGAGGAAUAAGAUUUAUGCAGAGAUUUGCAAUGCCAAAAUUGGCAGUGAGUACUUUGAAGAUAAAAUGGUGCAAACCAUCUCUGGAGCUGCCAAAACCAAGGAAGUGCAAUGUGAGGCAAUCACCAUGGCAGAGAAAGGGAUGAUGGUGACCCCCUGGGAUUUGGACAAUUCCCUGAAUGCCUCAGAAGCUGCACAGACAGAAGAACCCAGAGCCCCAGCAGGGAAAAGCAGCAAACCUCCCUCAGCUGAAGAGCACAGCCAGGCUGUGGCUGCCCCUUCUGCCAGAGAGAGUGCUGUUCCUGCCAGGAGCCACGGGGAGAAGGAAUGCAGCUCAGAAGAGAUCUUAACUUCAGCAAACCUGCAGCAGGAUUUAGUUGUCAUGGAGAGGAUUCUCAUGGAGAACAUUUUUCAACCCAAGCUGGCCCUUUACCGGCACAUUCCUGUCCUGAUAGAACCUGUUGUCACCUCAGAGACUAAGGAAGAAGCUGAAGAGGAUGAGGAUGAGGAGGAAAAGGAAGAGGAGAAGCAGGAGGAAACCCUGCCAGACCCAAAGCAGAGCCCAGCAGAAGGUGCAGGCCCCAGGCUGGAGCAGCUCUGGUCAUACAGCUGUGAUUUAACCAGUGGGCACAGUGUGAGCAGCAUGGCCUGCAACAAAGUGAACCCUGAUCUCGUGGCAGUUGGUUACAGAGAGUUUGUGUCUCAGGAUCAGAAGAAAGGCCUGGCUUGCUGCUGGUCACUGAAGAACCCCAUGUGGCCAGAGCGAAUUUUCCGCUGUGAUCACGGCGUGACUGCUGUGGAUUUUUCCCUGGGCAGCCCAAACCUGCUGGCAGUGGGGAUGGCCAACGGAUGCGUGGCCAUCUACGACGUGCAGAGCCGGGCGGACGCCGCGCUGCUGGACAGCAGUGCAUCCCUAAAUAAACACAAAGGUCCAGUGUGGCAGCUGAGGUGGGUGGAGCAGGACAGAGGUGACAAAAAAGAGACACUGAUGUGCAUCUCAGGAGAUGGGAGAAUGACCCAGUGGCUCAUCCAGCAAAGGCUGGAUUGCUUUGAUGUGAUGAAAAUCAAGCGAACAGAAAGUGAGAGGAAAAAAUCACCAGGUGAGAGAGAAAGGAAAAGUGAAGGUCCAAUAUCACAACAGGCAGCUGGAAUGUGCUUUGACUUCCAUCCAGAGGAUACUGAUAUUUUUCUUGCUGGAACAGAAGAGGGCCACAUCCACUGCUGCUCUUGCUCAGGCAAGGAGCAGAUUUUGGGGACAUACAGAGGCCACAAGGGCCCUGUGUACAAGGUUGCCUGGAACCCCUGCAGCACAGACACGUUCCUCAGCUGCUCUGCAGACUGGAGCAUCCUUUUGUGGCAGCGGGAUUCCCACACCCCUCUUUUAACCUUCACUUCUGUCACAGCUUUUGUCCAUGACAUCAAGUGGGCUCCACACUCAGCUUGCAUCUUCGCGGCAGUCAACGAGAGGAGGGUGGAGAUCUGGGAUCUGAGCGUCAGCAUCUUCCAGCCCGUGCUGUCCUGUGCUGCCAGCCCUGAAGGGAAUCUCAGCUCGCUGCUGUUUGCCAGGAAUGCUGAGUGCCUGCUCCUGGGGGACAGCUGUGGCCAGGUGGGGGUGUGGCAGCUGCACAACCUGGCUGUCCCCAGCACCCCACAGGUAUGUGCUAGAGGGGCUGGGAUGCCAGCAAGGCAAUUCUGGGAAUUGUCAGUUGAUACAAUAUCAACUCAAUACAGAAAAAUCCCCUAAAAUGGCUCAUCCAUGCAGUGUUAUAAACAUUGGUUGAAGUUUUGAUCUUUUAGAAAGGUCUGGUAGCUCUUGUAAUCCAGAAC